CAUGAUCAUUUCCAGUCCAUUGUGAGUGUACAGUGCAUGUUAGUACCAGUGCAGUGCUAGUGGUCAGUAGAUUAUAUACCGAAGUCUCUAUUAAAAAAUCAGGGCGUAUUAUUAAGGACGAACAUGGAGAGGUGGCUUGCAUUCAUUUGGCUGUGGCUGGGAUCGCUCAGUCUAGCAAGAUCAGGGCAAGUGAUACCUGUGGUUGAGGUAGUGACAACUGAUCGAUUGCCUGAGCUUAUGACAGGCGAAUGGAUGUUGGAAUUUUACGCCCCCUGGUGUCCGGCCUGCCAACAGUUCACGGAGACGUGGGAGAGGUUCGCACAGUGGGCAGCUGAGGACAAGUCCUUCAGACUGAGGGUGGGGAAAGUGGACGUCUCCGUGGAAACAAUGCUGAGUGGGCAGUUCACGGUGACUCAUCUGCCCAGCAUCUUCCACAUACGCGAGGGUGAGGUCCGUGUGUACCCGAGCGCUCGCUCGUACUCUGAUCUUGUGGACUUCAUAGAGGAGAAAAAGUGGUCGAGCAUUGACCCAGUGCCGUGGUGGAGAUCUCCAACUGCUUCUCACAUGAGAGGUAUUGGCGUGAUAUUUUGGCUGUCUGAGCAAGCUAAGGUGCUGCAAGAGAAGCUGGAAAAAGAGUAUCAGCUACCGACCUAUGCUGUGUUCAUUGUUAUCGCUGUGGCAACCAUUGUCGUGGGACUGGUCUUGGGUGGACUGACAGUGUGCUGUAUUGAGGUGUGUAUGCGUCUGUGCUCUCGCAGUAAGCCCCAACCAAUCAGAAGAGAGCCGCCUGCCCCCAGUAAUAAGAGUGACGAACCCUCACAACCAGACUCAACAGCCAAGGCAACGACUGAGGCCACGCCCACUAAGCAGGGGAACACGGUAGCUAGGAAGAGGAAAAAUAAGUCAAAAAAGAAUAAUGCUGAUGAAGCAAAGGACUAACUCAUCACCAUGGAAACUGUUAGUCAACUAGUAGCUAUACAUAUAUUUUUUUGAAGAUUACAUGAACUGAAUUUGAUUGAGUUACUUUAUUUGAAUUGUGCUGUAACAGUUAUUGUUUACAAUGAAAAAGUUCGAGCCCGA